UUAAAGACAAUAUUUCUCUGUAUGUACAACAGGGAGAGCAAUAUGAGCAGGACUGGGAGGAUACUUGCAUCAAGACUAGUGGGCUUAACGAGACCUGGUAUUAUUUUGGCGUUCAGUUUCUGAGCGACAGACUCUAUCAAAUGUGCCCUCCCGAGGAUAUUGAGCUAAUGUAUACACAGAGAAGGCCAGGAUCGUUCUUUAACAAUGAAUUGGCUGGAGUACAACUUACAAAUGAGAGUUAUGGUUCAAUUGAUCGAUAUUAUAUUGUAACUGGGGAUGAUUUAGCAACAUAUCCUGAAUUUCAACUCCAAAUGAUCGCAAAUUAUCCAGUGAAGGAGGUGAAGAAAACAGAAAGAUCUGGUCAUGAGGUCAUGCUAUCGAAGCCCUUAGAGUUGUCUGCUUAUAUCUUAGAUUUUGCCAGACAAUAUCCUUCUUAUUCUGCUAAUGAUGCUAAAGAUACAGCUUGGGUGGAGAUGAGAGCAAAACUAAAUUCAAUCCGGCGUGGUGCCUGGUGGGCUUGACCCUUACUGGAUAAAAAACCCGGUCUAAUUAGUAUGAUUUGUUGUUGUACUACUAUCUACUAUCUGGCAAUAAAUAAAUGAUAACUGUGGCUUUCAA